UAGAACAAUAUAAUCAUAUUUUGGCACUUAUUUCACUGCGAAGGUUUUCAUUAAAACAAAGGGGUUCUCUUCUGCGAGGCAAACCUAGAAAUUGAAGAGGGGGCGCAAGUAUGGCAAAGCAUAUGCGAUUAGCAAGAAAUGCGAUCACGCAGAUGCUGGCGAAUUCUCGUUCGCAGUAUCAUCAUCAUCAUCAGUGGAGGGGGGAAGCGGCAUUAGCGAACGCCCAGGCAGCUGAGAGCGGAGGAGGAGUAGUAGAGCGGCGGGUAAAAUGGGACUACAGAGGGCAGAGGAAGGCACUGCCGCUGGGGCCGUUGGUGCCCGACAUCGCAGUGGAUGCGUAUGUGGCGCCCAAUGCGGUGGUUUGCGGGCAAGUGGAGGUGCAGGACUCCUCCUCCAUCUGGUACGGUUCCGUUCUCCGCGGCGACCUUAACAAAAUUUUUGUGGGCUUCUGCUCCAAUGUACAGGAAAAAUGCGUUCUUCACGCUGCUCCCUUUUCGCCAACAGGCCUUCCUGCAGAGACAUUCAUUGAUAGGUUUGUUACAAUUGGUGCAUACAGUCUCUUACGAUCAUGCCAUAUUGAGUUUGAAAGCAUUAUAGGGCAACGUUGUGUUCUCAUGGAAGGUUCCUUGGUAGAAACACAUGCAAUCUUGGAAGCUGGAUCGGUUCUUCCUCCAGGACGCCGAAUUCCUUCAGGUGAACUUUGGGCUGGAAAUCCUGCAAGGUUUGUAAGGAUGUUAACACCUGAUGAAGUUGCAGAAAUCCCUAAGAUUGCAAAAGCUGUUAGUUAUAUUGCACAAGAUCAUGCCUCUGAAUUUUUGCCCUACUCUACAGCAUAUUUGGAGGUGGAAAAGUUGAAAAAAUCCCUUUCCAUUCCUCUCUGAGUAAUUGCUUGGUUUGAUAUGUCGAUAAUUGAUGGGUAGCUCAUAUGCUCAUUGAAUUUAUUCUAACUAAGUUUGUGUUUCCAUUCAGUUGCAGAAUUUUUGCUAGACAUGUCAGUGAUUGUAGAAGUUUAUCUUUCCAUGAAGUUUUUGAAAACCACAAUAAAUUAUUAGACCCAUUUAGUAUUUA